CACAUUUAAAACAAUAAAAACUAGCAAAAGAGAUCAAAUACAUUAAUAAGAGUACAGGAUAACAAAAAUCAAUUUUUUUGCCACCUUCUGGCAAGCCAAGUCAAUGGGGAAGCCAAAUUCCCUUAACAACCGCGUUGCUAUCUUAAAUGCAGUGGAUUUACUUUGGCAAGCCAAGUCGUAAAAUGGGGCAAAACUCAAAGAAUGUUUCACUUAGCAACAUACAUUGUGGCCGUAACCCGAGGACUGCCCCUAUUUCCCAUUUCUAUAUUCCCUUCAAGGAAGGGUCUCCCGGAGAUGAUUUUAAUACCCUUCCUUUGUCUGUUUCUUCUCUCCUCACUGCAGCCCCGCUCCCUGUCCCAAAGGACCCCCCUACGUCCCCUUUUCCCUCUUCCGUCUUCUCUCCCGCCGCAACCCCUCUGGUCUCCUCCCUUCCUUCUGCACCCCCCACUUCCCUUUUGCCUCCGGCAGCCAUUUGCACAAACCCCACUCCUGGGCCCGCCGGCCUGCCCCCCGUCGCUGCUCCGAUGACCUCCGGUUUUGGUCCCCCCGUGACUCAGUUUCCAGCAGCUUCGUCUCCGCCGAGCUGUGCUCCCGGGCCUCCCACUGGGUUUUCCGUGCCUCCCACUGGGCCUCCGAUCUCUGGCUUUUCCAUGACUUCCAGCUAUGACAUCACGAAAGGCCACGCGGGACGAGCGCCCCAGACACCUCUGAUGCCCUCCUACACGGCUCUACCUGUCACAGGUCCUUUGGCAAGCCCUCUGUCGCAGCCGGUCCCUCUGUCUACCUCCACCUUACCCAGCGGCUCUUCCAUCACUUUUCCAGAGGAUCAUGGAGACCCCCAAAACAUCGGGGUGCACAACGAAGCGUCUGCGGGAGGACUUUGGGGCUUCAUAAAAGUAAGCAGUGCUUUUCUAGCAACCACGUAAUGCAGUGGUCC